CUCCGAAUCAGUAAAGUCUCAACAUUUAAAAUUGCAGUCAGAGUAGGCUACCUUGAAUAAUAAAAAUGGCAGCCUCCGCAAAGUCAGCGAAUGAUGCAAAAGAAAGUCAAACAGUCAUCGAGCCAUCUGAUAAUAAAAAUCCACCGCUGACAAAGGAAGAAGAUUUUGGUUACUACUUUUAUCCUGAUAGAGACAAAAAGAAAAAAAGAUCUUUAUUUGAAAGAGCAUUAGGAAGAGAUAACGUGCACAAUUUUAAAUGCACCACUCAUGUAAAAAAGUGCUUGGCAAGUAGUAAGUUUUAGUUUUAUCUUCAAAUCUGUUUAAAACUUAAAGUUUAAAUUGCCUAAAAUUGAUUUAACAUUAGAAUAGACAUAGUUGCUAAUUUAUGCCUGAGUAUGGCUAUGGACUAGUUGUAAUUUAAUGUGUGUUUGAGUUUGAAUUGGAUAACCGGUUAUUGCCGGUUAAACUUAAUUAUUUAAUAUUUAAUAAAUAGAUAAAUAAAUAACUUGACUUUGACUUAAUAAAUAAGUCAUAAGUAAAAGUAGGGACCUCGGUAUGAUCCGGGAAGUGCCGAAAACCGGGUAUUGUGAUUUCGUUGUCAAAAUGGCGACCUCCACUUUUUAAUUUACCGAGGGUAGUGUUGUUUAGGAUUAUUUUUGCUAAGCCUAAAGUUAGUUUUUUUUAAUAAAUUCUACUUCUGCCCUCAACUUAAAGCAGACAUGUUUCUUGUUCAUUUGACAUAGGGGUGUGCCGGAGUCCGGUCCGGAAUCCGGUUCCGCCGGAUUUUGCACUAUCCGGUGAAAUCCGGUUCCGCCGGAUUUACAUGUAUCCGGAACAACCGGAUUCCGGAAUCCGGAAUAUACCGGAUUUCGGAAUUUGCCAGAUUUUGUGACUCACCGGAUCAUAAUCUGAAAUAAAAGUAAUUCUCUUUCCCGAAUUCCACACGAUCACGAUACAUUAAUCGAUUGUUUCGAGCGUUGAGCUUGUUUAAUGUUUAAUAUUCCGUACAUACCAGAGGCUAGAGUCAGCACCGCUAAUAGUGGCCAAUAGUGUAGGGACUUUGAUAAGAAAAUUUAAACUUUUUGUAAAAAUAAACCAAUGGCAUAGUUGAAAAGAUGUAAUUUUUUAAAGAAUUAUAACACCAAAAUCAUAUUUUUAGCUGUUGUAGUUUUAAAGUUAUGAAUUUUUAAAGUACGACUUGGUUUGUCAUUUUUUAACAUGGACUGCAUCUCCACAUUCUGUGAUCUCAUUCCGCCAAUCCCGUCAUGCGCAAUGACUAUAUAGUUUAUAUAAGGCAACGCAUUCCCUGCCUUAUCACUAAAAUACUGUUUAGACUUAGUUUAAACUUUCAACUUUGGCACAUGAAUAAUUAAUUAAAGCUUUCCCUGACCAAUGGUUUAAUAGUUUUUGCACACGGCAAACUCUUAUGAAUGAAACUCUGAGGUAGUACUACGAUACAGUUAUGCAAGUGGCUGUGAAUGGUUGCCAAUGACAACGUGUUGCACACGGUAAAUUCUGAUCAUUUAUAAUAUGGAUUCUACCGGGUUGUUAAAGCUCAAAUUAAAACAUUCCAGUUUAAAUGUCUUUAAAUGCAUUCUGAAACACAAGUUAUCAAUUAUUUUGAUGUAAAUAGUGAUAAUAUAUUAAUAUUUCCUAAGUAUCGUCAACUUCCGCCAUUAAAAAGGGGGGCGUGGCCAACCCCAUGGCGAAAUUAGGUUGAGCGAGCUGCAUGACCGGCUGCGAACGCAUAGAAACAUGGCGUCUCUCGUAAGACACAUAUCCAAAUGGAACGGAACUCAAAUAUAUAUCGAAAGUACUAAUUUAAUAAUAAAUAGACACACACAUCGGAAAAUUAAAAACUCUGAUUUUUUGGCGCCGAUUGCGAAUUCCCAUACACAAAAAGUAGUAGUCCACCUUGACUUACCGAAGUAUCUACCAAUAGUACCAAAAUCCGGAAUCCGGGAGAAACCGGAAUCCGGAUUAUUCCGGAAUCCGGAUUAUUCCGGAAUCCGGAUCCGGCGGAUUUCGCAUAAGAAAAUCCGGAUCCGGUUGGAAAAAACGGAUCCGGCACACCCCUAAUUUGACACUUUCCUUUUAGAAAAAAUUUGAUGGUUUGACUUUGAAAAUAAAUAAUAGCUAGUAAUUUGGUAAAUAAUAGCUAGUUUGACUCAUUCAUAAUUUUUUGGUGGAAAAUAUAAGUUUAAAAAAAGAAAAUACCAAUGUUAGAUGAAGGCAUAAUUAACAACAUAUCCAAAAUUCGUGUGGUUAGGACCAGUGCAUCGGUGAGAAAUUUUUGCACAAAAUUUUUGUCACAUGUGUCCCAAAAUUACCUUUUAUCGAUAAUGAACGUUUUUGUAGUAAGUAGCUUGAUUUACACUGGAAAUCCAACAUAUUACCCACUAAUAAUAUUUUAAAACAAAGCAACAAUUUAAAAGCACUAAUUACUUUUUAUCUGAAGCUUUUUAUUUUGAGUGAGGAAGUGGGAUAAAUAGCCCUAUCCUUAUUGUAUAAUGACAACUAAUAGUAUAAAUAAUUACAUAAAUAUAUAUAUAUAUAUAGAUCCAUCUAUCCUAUAAGCCUAGUAUAGUAUAGCCUAUAGUAGCCUAUAGGUCUAGUACCAUCCCAACUUAUUAUUGCAAGACCGAUUAAUAAACAAUUAACUAUUAUAGUUAAUGAUAUUUUAGGCCAUGUAAUCAUAUUUUAUUAUUUAAUGGAAAUUAUGAUUCUUAAAUUUUAAAAUAAAAAUGUUUUUAAAAAAAUAUUCACUUACCUUUGAUAUUGAAAUAUCCUGAAUUCACUCACAAAUCACAAUAUUCCACAAGAAACUUAUAUAAUCCUCAGUAUUCUUCAAGAAAUAACACACUUUCUGUUACAGUAAUCCAAGAAUUUCUUAAGCUUUUACUAAAGAACAAUCAUAAAAGCUUGUACUUACCUCAAGCAAAUGACUAGAACGUAUUUUAAUUUCUAUCAACAGCCAAAGUUGAUACAUGUUGAUUUGUGAAACAAGAUUACUAAUUUUUUUGGUCAUAUUCAAAUGGGACUAAAAUACAUACAUAGAAAAUGGUAAAAUAAAAAGUAUAAUCGUCAAUUUUAUAUAAAUGAAUCAAAUAAUCCCUGUAUUAUUUGUUUAUACUGAUAAAAGUUAAACAAUUCCACAGAAAAUUUGAAAUUAAUAUCUGAAGAAUAUUAGUAUUAUUAUUAAAUCUGGGAAAUUUUAAACAAUUAUAUUUAAGAAAAAAUUAAUUAAUUAAUACAAGUAAGUGACGAGUCAGCAUAUUUUAUUCAUUUUUAAUAAGGAAAAUUAUCAAGAUUAAAAAUAUUUUUUUGCGGAAUAUUAUCAAGAACUAAAAUUGUAUUUUGUGGCUUUAUUUAGAAGAACUCAUAUUUACCUGUGUUCCCUGAAAAUAUCAUAUUUUGUCUCAUUUUAUAACAAAGUUAUAGGCAUACAAACAAUAGCAUUAUGAGGGUGAUGAAAUGUGGAGGAAAAUCCCAUAGUGAAAAAGGAGUUUUGAGGUCCUUACUAAAAAAAUUCAUAACUUUUGAACCACUUGAGCUAGAAAGUUGAUCUUGGUGUUUUUGUAAACCAUUAUAUGGGCUUUAUACAGCUGUAGUAUUUUUAAAAAUGUUUAGAAAUUUUAAUCAAGGGGCCUAGUGUAAGACUUUGUAUAACUGACCAUGAUAAUAUUAUAUAACUUGUGAUUUCAUUUGAAUUUGCCUUCUGGCAUUUGGGGUAGUUUUGAAAAAAGACUGGUGUCGGGUAGGGCAAGAAUCACCUUUAGCAUAAAUGGCAUGAUAGGCGAUGGGUAGAGCUCAAACUCAAUGCUUCCUUCCUCAUACUCAUAUUUGCUUAAGAAUGAUCCAGGAUGAACUUAGCAACUUAAUUGUAUCCCUCACUGGCCUCAGAUAUUUUGCAAAUCCUGUUUAUGCCUUGCAGUCCCUUUCUUCCCUCGCAUAGUCUCAAUUCAUUUAAAUUGCUAAAUUGCAGGUUUUUAAUACUGUGCCUGUGCCCUGCAAAUUAUAGACAUUUUCAAAAGAUUAUUUAGAAUAAGUUGUAAUUAAUAUAAUCUGAUAUCAGUAAAAGGGUGGAAAUAGGAAUUGUAACAUUUAUUGUGCAUGCCCAUAAAAAAUUGCGACCUGUGAAAACUGAUUCACACAGGACUCAAAUCGCCCUACUCAAUCAAUGCAACCUUUAUUGAUUAGGAUGAUCUCCUAGAAAACAGUGCACACAUCUCUAUUUAGAUAUCAUUUAGGAUUAAACAAUUUAUUCAAAAGUUUUCCUUUCUUGUCCUGUUCAGAGAAAGGAAAGAUUUUAAAAUUAAAGGUAGUUUACAAAGAAUGCACUGAUCAGUAAAUUGCUUAUGUUUAUACUCUGGAUCCUCAUAUACCACAAUAAUUCAAACAAUUUACGCAAAUAAUACCUUUAAUUAUUAUUAGUAAAACCAAUAUUAACAAAGAGGCCUAGCCUUUUAACGUUUACGGGCAUUGUUAAUAUAAUUUCUUUUAGUUUUGGCAAACUAUCCCUACUCUAGAAUAGAUUUGCCACUUAGCUAGUAAAAGCUCCUAUAUCCAUUUUUAUUGUUCUAAGACUAAGAUACUGCUGCAAGGUGUAAUGAACACUUCCCAUCAGAAGGAAAAGUCUUUAUUAAAAAUAUAAUAAUGUAAAGUAGUGAAUUAUUAUUGGUAACUUUUUUUCAGAUCCUAAAGUUAAGCUGAUGGUGGGAGCUCUAGAAAGUUAUGGAUGGUAAGAAAUUUAAAUAUUUAUAAUUAUUUUAUUUUCCAACUUAAAAUAAAACAGACCUCUUUUUGGUCUGCUUUAUCAUAAUUUAUGUAAAUUUAAUCAAAUGAAAAAUAAUAUUUCAUGCUAGUGUGAACUUAUUUGUGUAGAAACUUUGAAUCUCAUUAGCUUCCUCAGUGUGUAAGAGCUUUGAAUCUUUAUUCCAUAUUUUAUUUUUGGAAGGAAAACAAUGUCCUGAAAUAUAAUAUUUGUAUUAAUUGAUAAUUUAUUUUAACAUAUAUAAUAAUAUAUUUACAGAGUAGGCCCUACUUCUAAGUGAUCCUCCUCACAGUGUACAGCUAAAUUUCUUCUUCUUCUAUAUCUUAAGGGCCCACGAUCAAUCUAUUGAUCAUUUUGGCACCUAUGCAUGUAGAUGGGAUUUGCAAUGUUUCUGUUACUGGUGUUGAUGAGGAAAUCAUGCACUAGGGGUUUGAAGGCUUGAGGCAAUAGACACAAAUGUGUCUAGUGUUGUCGCCUCAACCGUUCCUUUUGAAAGAUGGUUCCAGUCCCUGAUAAUUGUCUUGGGCAGGAAUGAGCAGCUCCUAUACUGGCUUCUUGCUGGUAUGAGCCUGAAUUGCCUGUUAUGGCCUCGUCGCUGUCUAUGGGGGAGAGGGACGAGUUUCUGUUUAAUACUGGAACAGUGGACCAGCCCAUUAUUUAUCUUGUACAUCAUGGAGAGCCUGGAUUGUCGUCGUCGUUUCUCCAAUGGUGACCAGCCUAGUGUUUCUAGCAUGCUGCCAACACUAGAGGUAUUCCUGUAGCGGUUUAGGACAAAGCGUGCUGCUCGUCGCUGGACCGCCUCCAACCUGUCAAUGCUCUUCUGGGUAAAUGGGUCCCAGACUGAAGAUGCAUAAUCUAAAAUCGGACGGAUAAAGGCUUUAUAUGCUCUUUCUUUCACACAGGAGUUGCCAUUCUUUAGAUUUCGCCUUAAGAACCCUAGGGCUUGGUUUGCUUGGUUACAUACAUUGUUAAUAUGCUCGUCCCAGCGGACCUCUCUUUGAAUGGUAACACCCAGGUACUUUACGGAGGAAACUUGCUCAAGUAUAUGGCCGUGCAGUUCGUAUUGGUAGUGUAGAGGAGUACAACUUCUAGAGAUUGAUAGUGUCUGGCACUUGGCAGGGUGAAAUUCCAUGUCCCAGCUCAUCUCCCACUCAGCUAACAGAUUGAGAUCCUGUUGUAGCUGGUCCUGGUCAUUAUAAUUCCAAGAUGGCAUCCAUUUUUACAAGAUGAAUGGGAGUUUACUUAGUUUAUUUAAUCAUAUAUUUGUUUGUUUUUUUAUUAUUUAAUGCAGAUAUUUAUAUUGAGAGUAACCUUGAAAAAGAUGUAAUUUUCACAAUUGCAAUUCAGAAAUUUCAAAGUUAUAAAAUAUAAUUAUAACUUUUUUUUCAGAUAAACUAGAUGAAAGUGUACCUGCAUACAUACAUUCAUGUCACCUUUGUAUUGUAUAAUGACUUUCAAUUCUUUUUAAAAAGUUCGCACACAUUUCAAUCUUUUUGCAGUCCUGUGGAAUUUAGCAGACACAUUUCGUGUGAACCGUGUUUGGGCACAGUCAGUGGUGGGUUUGAUCCCAAGUCUAUGCAGGUCUUGUGACUUAUCAAACACUUCGAUAGUUUAGGUUAUAAUAGCACAUCUUUUGUUUAUCAAAUCUGUUUUAAUUAAAAACUUUCAAAAAUGUGUGAACCUUAUUUUUUAAGAAACGUCAAUGUUAAAAUGAGCCGAGUUUAUACUGCAUCUAAUCUUACAAAUUUGAUUUUUCAGGUUGUUGUGUGUCAGAAUAAUGUACGAAAUACAGACAUUUGUUGCAAUGUGUUAGCUCAUGAAUUGCUUCACGCCUUUGAUUUCUGCAGGGCUAAAGUCAACUUUGAAAACUUGAGACAUUUGGCCUGUACAGAGGUGAAUAUUUUUAUUUUUGCAGCCAAAUAUCUGUCAGUUAAUAUUUUUUUAUAAUUUUGAAUAAAGUAAGUCUCACAGGUCAGGUUUAUUCAGAAUGUUAUGUACGCGCCCCCCCCCCCCCCCCCCCCCCGCCCCCCCCCCCNUCGCGCCCCUCGCGCCCCCCCUCCUGGGCCGUCAUUUAAAAAAACAAAAACAAAGUAAGACAUGAAAAAUAUUUACAAUAGACCACAUUUAUAAUUAUAUCUCAGUGUAUCCAGUGCAUAAGAAUGGAUGGCACCUUUUUUUUCUUUAUAUGGAUAGAAGCAUUUUCAGCAAACUGCACUAAAAAGUGUGUGGUGAUGGGAGAGGAAAAAAAUUCUUGGCCCUAACCCUAGCUAUGCCGAGCACACCUGCUGUAUUCUGUAAUAAUUUGUUUUCUGGAAAGCUUUCUUAAAUUGGGAUUUUUAUUAUCAAUUUAUGAUUAUUGGGAAUAUAAUGUCUUUGUGCUAAUGUCGUAAUUUUUGUUAAAAUAAGAAAUUAGAAAGAAUUAAUUAAGUUAGUUUCCUAAAAAUAUAGAUGUCUUAUUUAGCUGACUUUAUAUCAACAGAUCAGAGCGGCAAAUAUGUUCCACUGUUCUCUUGGAGCAGCUAUCAACUCUGGGGAAGCCUCAGUAUUCAACAUAAAAGAAAGACAUCAGGUAAAAGGGUGUCUACAAACAAGCAAUGUAAAGUCAUUCUAUAUAAUAUUGUAAUUAGGAAAAUAUGAAGGCAUUUCAUUUUGGCACAUGAAUUUUGACAUUAUGGAUAUUAUAAAUGACAAGAUGGUAAAUAAUUUACGGUGGAUUUGGUUUUUAAUAUUAUAAGCCUUUGAAUAUUUAAAAUUUUUCCUUACAAACUAGCGGUUCAUAUUAUUUAUAUAAAACAGUAACAAAGGAAUUGUGUGCAUAUUUUCAGUUGUGUGUGAAAAACAAAGCUCUACAGUCUAUUAUGUUGGUGCGUAAUGUAACAAAAUUGGAAGCCAUGACCAUUGUUGAUGAAGUCUUUGAUAGAUGCUACAACGAUACAGAACCAUUUGGCAGAAGAUGUUUUAAGAACCUUGGCAGGGCACAAAGAGCGUUAGACGAGGCAAGGAACUACUAUGACCUGGAUUAAUGUGUGUGAGAUUUUAAUGUAGUGUAAAUGUGAUAGAAAUUUGAAUGAAUUAUUUACCAAUUGGCAUUGUGUACAUGUCUGCAAUGGUCAGUUGUAAUAAGCUGUGUGAUAGUACAAUGUUUUAUAACUUAUUCACUUGACAAGGCUGCUGUAGAAUAUUAUAAUAAUUAAACGAAAUAAAGGCUAAUAUGAUUAUUAAUUGGCUUGCUGAUUAUCUAUUGUUCAUUGAGAUAAUCUACUAAAAAGAUAUGAAUGGACUUUCUUACCAAUGCGUUAUGCAGGCUAUUUACUUGAUUACCUUUUUCCUUUAACUUUAAGAUGGACCCCACUUAAACAUCCAGUGAUAAAUACUUCACUUCCUGUUCCUCCUACUGUCUAGGACCUGUGAUAUUCAAAGUCCUCAUCUUAAACUGUUGAAUGCAAAACUAUUUUUGAGGUCUGUGCAGGGGUUGAUUUUGCCGUUCAUAAGCUCUGGGCAAUGGCAUUGUAAGAUGACCAGAAACAUGGAUAAAAUUAAAAUAAAACUGAUUUAAA